GAGUCCGACUUGGACCGUCCGACGGAAGGGUUUUCAUCCAUUGAGGAAGCUAUUGAAGAUGUUCGGAAAGGAAAGAUGGUGGUUGUUGUUGAUGAUGAAGAUCGAGAAAAUGAAGGAGAUCUUAUAAUGGCGGCGGAGUCGGUAACAACAGAGGCAAUGGCUUUCAUUGUAAAACAUGGAACUGGGAUUGUUUGUGUGGGGAUGAAAGGAGAAGAUUUGGAGAGAUUGCAGAUUCCAUUAAUGGUGGAUCAAAAGGAUAACCAAGAGAUGCUCUCAACUGCCUUUACCAUCACUGUGGAUGGAAGAGAGGGCACAACGACGGGAGUUUCAGCAGAGGAUAGAGUGGCGACGGUGGUGGCAUUGGCAUCAAAACACUCAAAACCAUAUGAUUUUAAACGACCGGGUCAUAUCUUUCCCCUCAAAUAUAGAGAAGGAGGGGUUUUGAAAAGGCCUGGCCACACUGAAGCCUCCGUCGAUCUAGCGGAGCUCGCUGGACUCUUUCCUGCAGGAAUUCUCUGUGAAAUCGUCGACGAGGAUGGCUCCAUGGCUAGGCUCCCAAAGCUUCGCGAGUUUUCUCAACAUCAUAAUCUCAAAAUCAUCUCCAUAGCUGACUUGAUCAGGUAUAGGAGAAAGAGGGAGAAAUUAAUCGAGCGCAUCGGAGAACCUACAAGGAUGCCGACUACAUGGGGACCAUUCAAUGCAUAUUGUUACAAGUCUACCUUAGAUGGCAUCGAACAUAUCGCAUUGGUUAAGGGUGAUUUAGGUGAUGGGGAAGAGAUUUUAGUGAGGGUGCACUCAGAAUGCUUGACAGGAGACAUAUUUGGAUCAGGAAGAUGCGACUGUGGAAAGCAAUUAGGUUUGGCAAUGCAACACAUUGAGGAAGCUGGGAAAGGAGUGUUGAUUUAUCUUAGAGGCCAAGAAGGAAGAGGCAUUGGCUUGGGAAAUAAGCUUCUUGCAUAUAAUUUACAAGAUGCUGGUAGAGACACUGUUCAAGCUAAUCAAGAUCUGGGAUUGCCUAUUGAUUCUAGAGACUAUACCGUCGCCGCACAAAUUGUAAAGGAUCUUGGGGUGAGAACAAUUAGGCUAAUGACAAAUAACCCAGCAAAGUAUAUGGGGCUAAAGGAAUAUGGGUUGGAUAUUUCAGGCAGAGUUCCUCUUGUAACCCCAAUUACAAAGGACAAUAAAAGAUACCUUGAGACUAAGAGAGCCAAAAUGGGUCAUGUUUAUGGCUUUGAAUUCAAUGGUGGAUUAAGUGCUCUAAUGGGUGCCAUUCAAAAAUAG